CUAGCAAUCCGGAGAUGCUGCUCGGCCCAGCCAAACGGUAGGAAAGUGCUUUUUCAGCCACAGAAACCCGAACCGACGGAUCCCGGACAGAGGCGAUUCCCCGGCGCCCCCCCAGCCCCCUGGAGCCUUUGUCCCCAACCCAAUCAUGACGUCUCCCCUGUGCUGGAUGGCCGCCACCAGUGCCACGGUGCCUUCUCAGGACCAGAUUCCGACUUCUUCCAAGUCCAAGCGCAGUCAAGAUCAGGCCAAAAGCCGCCCUAGAGGCAAGGUCGCGGGGCAGGCCUGGCCUCCAGUCCCUUCCAAGGGACCCAUCUAUGCCAGCCCCGGGAAGGUCGCUCUCCAAAUGCAGAUGGCUGAGAUACAAAAGAAGAUACAAGCAUUAGAGAGUGAUCGGAAGGCCUUUUAUGAGAGCACCCAGUGGAACAUCAAGAAGAAUCAGGAAACCAUGAACCAGCUACAUGAGGAUAACAGGGUGCUGCAACUACAGCUGAGGGACCUGCUCCAGGGAGAAGAGAAAGUGGUCCAGGCAGUGAUUCAGGACUGGAAGUCAGAGAAGCCAUACCUGAAGAACAGGACAGGACAGCAGGCCCUGGAGCUCCUGGACCACCGGCUGAGUGAGAAGGUGAAGCAACGGAAUGGUCUGCGGCACCAGAUGGGAUUGCGGCAGAAGUGGCUGGAGGAGCUCCAGCUGCAGCACAGCCUCCGUGAGCUGGAGAUGGAAGAGGUGCAAGAUAGCAACACUGAGAUGGCUAAGACCUUGCGGAACCUGGAGAACCGUCUGGAGAAGGCUCGGAUGAAGGCGGAGGAGGCGGAACACAUCACCAAUGUGUACCUGCAGCUCAAGGCCUAUCUACAGGAAGAGAGCCUUCACUUCGAGAACCGUCUGGACUCCAUGGAGAGUGAGGUGGUGAAGACAAAACAGGAACUGGAGGAGAUGCGCGUGGUGAACCAGGAGGCACUCAACACCCAGAACGUUGCCAAGAAUCAGCUGCAGUAUCUGGAGGAGACUGUGUUCCGAGAACGCAAGAACCGCGAGCACUAUGUAACCGAGUUCAAGAAACUCGCAGACGAGAAGAAACUGCAGAACGAACGCAUGGAGCGCAAGACCCAUCGAGAGCACGUGCUGCUGCAGUCCGAAGACACGAUCCAGGACAACCGGAAGGCCAAGGAGGAGGACCUGAAGCUGCGCUGGAGCAUGUACCAGUUGGAGAUGCUCUUCGGCAAGGUCAAGGACGCCACUGGCGUGGCCGAGACGCACGCGGUGGUGCGGCGGUUCCUGGCGCAGAGCGACACCUUCACGCAGUUGGAGAUGCUCAAGAAUGAGAACAUGGAGCUGCUGCUGAAACUGAAGCAAGAGAAGGAGCAGCUGCAGCAGGAGCUCGAAGACCACAAGUACUCAGGGGAGGCCAUGCUAGUGAGUGAACAGAGGCUGCAGGCCGUGUUGCAGAGUAGCCUCAAUGUGGAGCAGCAGCGGAAGGCGAAGGCCCAGGCCGAGCUGAAGCAGGCCAUGUGGGCGAUGCAAAUCCUGAGGGAGGGCCUGGAGCACCUGGCGGGCAAGCUGAACCACCUCCCAAUGGGCCGCCAGGGCUCUGAGGAAGAAGUACCCAGAACCACCCAGGACUUAGCCCCUCAGGAGGCCGGGGGCUCCGCCAUGAAAGAGCUGGAUCCCCAGGCCAGCGACUACCUGCCCAAGCUGCUGGGCCUGGUGGAGGAGAAGCUGCUGGCGCUGCAGGCGCAGCUAGACCGACAGGACAUUCCGGAGAUGCUGCGCCACAUCGCGAAUCGCGAGUUCUACGCCAACCUGGAGGGAAAGCUGCCCGCGUACAACACCCGCAUCACCUUCCCCCUUGCCAUUCCCAAGGACAAGUUCUUCGACGAAGAGGAGACCGAGGACGAUAACAACGACCUGGUUUCUCGUGCGGAGCUCAAGAUCCGCUCCCAGAAAUUAAUCGAUUUUCGCAGCAAGAAGCGCAACCGCUCUCGGAGGUCCUAGACUCGCCCUCGUACACACCUGGCCCCUCCCGGCCCCGCGGAGCCCCCAAGCC